AUGGCAUCCAAUCGAGUUCUUCGCAGUACCUCGUCUCGUUCGGAGAUAUCAACGACUGGCAAUGCAGUCGUUGAAGAAAAAUCCACAAGCUUUAAAGGAACUAUCAAUAAAUUCUCAAUGUCAACCUCAGAGUCAGUAGCUUCGGGUACUACAGAGGAAUCGAAAGAAUCGAAAGAAACCACAAGGACAUCAACUAAAAGAAAAUAUACGGAUGUGCUCUCGUAUAAGGCCGGAGCAGCUCCCGGAGGCCCGAAGAAAAAGAGUAGUUCAUAUGCUCCACCGUCGAAGUACGCCCAUCUAAAGGGCGUCCCUGAUCAAUUGGGAGAAAAUAUGUACUGUAUGCUCAUUGGACUGAACCCUGGUAUUGCAACCUCACAAGCUGGACACUGCUAUGCAAACCCGUCCAACUUGUUCUGGAGAAUGCUACAUCAAGGUGGCCUUACAACAAGGCAAUGUAAGCCACAGGAAGACGAAAUUCUCCCUGCUGAAUUCAAUUUGGGGACAACAAAUAUAGUCGGUCGUCCAACCGCUAGUCAAGCAGAACUAUCCCUGGAGGAAAUGGAUGAGGGCGUUGCAGACCUUGAACGGAAAUGUCGGCGAUACAGGCCAGAAUCGGUUUGCUUAAUCGGGAAAGCGAUCUGGGAAAGUGUCUUUCGCGCAAAGCACGGAAGGAAGAUGACCAAGACUGAGUUCAAAUUUGGGUGGCAACAUGAAAAAGAGAACAUGGGGGUUGAUAAGAAAAAUGGAUAUCCAGGUGCUCGGGUCUAUGUGGUGGUGUCGACAAGUGGACUUGCCGCGGGGUACAGCUUGGAUUACAAGCUUCAGCUAUGGAAAGAGCUUGGAAGCUGGAUUAAUGAGAGGAGGGCUGAAAGGUUGGAGGAAAGUGCUUCCGAAGGAAAGGACGAGAAUGUCAAGAAGCUUAAGGUCGAACAUGUUACUGAAGAUCUAGAGCCUGCUGCCAGCGCAGCCGACGAUCUAGAGGCCUCCGGCUCGAGUUCCAUAAAAGCUGAGUAG